GGAGUUCCUAGGAGGCGUAUAUAAAGUCCGCCGAAGUCGACCGUAGGCACAUUCGAGCAAUCGCCGGUCGGCACGAUGAAAACCCUCUUUAUCUCGUUCGCCCUGUGCGCCGUUGUUGCCGCAGCGCCUCGUGAGAAACGAGAUGCUGUUUUGGCCGGUCACGGAUAUUACGGGGGUCACGGAGCUUACGGUGGCCACGGUGCUUACGGAGGCCACGGUGCUUACGGAGGCCACGGUGCUUACGGAGGUUACGGAGGUAUAGGAGCUUACGGUGCGCAUGGAGUAUCGGUUGCCGGACCGUUGCUCGGAGCGACGAGCGUCGCCGGACCACAUGUUGGCGCCACCGCCGUUUCCGGACCAUCGAUAGGUCCCGCUCGAUUGGCCGGAUCAGUGGCUGGUCCAGCUCACGUUUCGGGCGCCGUUGCCGGCCCGGCUGUCGUGACCGCGUCGGUCGCUGGCCCGGCCCACGUGGAGGGCUACGGCGGCGGCCCUUACGACGGCGCCUACGGUGCUGACGGUGCCUACGGAGGUGCCUACGGAGGCGCUUAUGGUGGCGGUGGUUACGGAUACGCAGCUGGUCCUGCUUACGGCGGUUACGCAGGAUACGCCGGCGGUCACGGCGGGCAUGGAGUAGUUAUAGCAGGACCGGCCAGCCACGGCGCGGUUCUCGCUGGACCUCAUUCCGGAAGCGCGGCUGUUUCUGGACCGCACGCCGGUUCGGUGGUGAUUGCGGGUCCUUCCGGAAAGAUCACGGCUCACGGAAGCGGUUACGGCGCCGCCGUCCACGCCGGACUCGGCCACGGCCACGGCCAUUGGUAAACGCGCGCGCACAAUCGUCUGCGAAACACAAAAGGGAAAAUCUCACUUCUCCGUUUGAGAACAAAAAGUGGAAUAUUAUCCCUUUCAGCAGUUUUAACAGAGAAGUUAAAAAAAAAAAAAAAGUAUUAUAGAGAUAUUAAAAUACAUAUAUAUAAAAAGUUGCUAUGUAAAACACGACGAUCGCUCGUCGCGCUUCGCACUCUCGAUUCGCGGUGCGCGCAUAGAUAAGCGUCUUCUGUACGUGAAUAGAAAAAAAUUCGAUUUUUUUCGAAACAGCGGAGGACGAUGUACAAAAUAGAAACGUAACGUUUUGUUUGCUUCAUCGCAUUAGCUUCGACGAUUACUUCUCGCUUGUAAAAAAAAAAAAAAUUUGCACGUGUAUCUUGUGUGUAAUAAUUUUUUAAAUCUAUAAUAUUUAUAAAUUUGUUUUUUUUUUUUUCAACUAAUAUUGGAAUACACAGAAGCUGUACAAUUCCCCACUCUCAUCCUGGACUUCACAGUUCGUUCUCUCGAAAGUUUGCCGACGCGCAGAGAUCCCGUUGCAAAAGGGAGUUAAUUUCGAGAGAACCAAUUAUCUCACGCGAAUUGUGGCUACGCGCGACUAAUCAAGUAACAUUAACUCGGCUGUUAUAGGUAAAAUUAUUCAUGACGAAAACAACGAUUGUUAUGAGGGUAACGCGAUACGAACGUACACACACACACACACAUUCGAAGGCGAAGCGCCAGAUUUUGAAUAACUCAGUUUGCUGUACAUGAGCAACCGUUUGCCGCUCAAAUUACGUAGUGCCUUGCGAGCUGAAUUUCGCGCACGAAACAUGUAUUUAUAAUGAUGUUUAAAACGUUAUUUUAUAUAUAAAAAAAAAAUAUUCCGAAUCUAUCAAUAGGAUCUUACGUACAUGAACUUCAAUUCUCGCCACACCAUUGUAUUAUUGUAUUUUAUUGCACUUUGUGAUCUAAUUUCACACAUUAUUAUAAUAUACUCUAAUUUCAAUAAACACACUCGUAGUUUACAUAAACUUCAA